AUGGUCCUCCAAAACGUCCUCGCCGCCACGCUCUCCGCAAUAGUAAAUCCCGCUUCGGACGACCCGAUUAUUCAGUGCUUUCACAGAGACCUUGACAUCCUCCGUGAUAAUCUAUUCAACAACACAGACGAAACGCUUCAGCUGUCCGACGCGCACCUACGUGUUUUCCCUUUUAAAGAUGUCGAAACCUGCUGGCGAAGGCUCUACACCGACUCGAGCAUUCUCAAAGCUUGUCUCAGCAUCUGCGAUAAUCUCGGGCUCAUAAAUCAGCGCAGGGAUAAAUGCGGGAAGGACGGGUAUUCUCUCAUUUCUCAGUUGAUUGAGUCCCUCAAUAAAUCUACAGGCGAUGGACCCAGGGUCGACUCCAACGCUGCCUGGCUCCCGCCAGUCAUUCAUCUUCUCGACAAAGCAUUGAUUAUGACCGGCGCGCCUCUUCGUGAGGACUCGGUUGAAUCUCUUCUAUCUGCUCUACAAGAAGCUACAAAACCUCACACUCUUGACACUGAUGAUGAGCAGUCAGACUACUCAUCCCGCGCUUCGAAAAGACGGAAGCUCUCUCCGUUCUUACCCCCCGAUGCCGUCUCUGCGCCGACCCUUAAACAUCCAAUUACCCGUGUUUCGGACCCAGGAUUUGACUACAUGGAAGACCAUAUACAAGAUGUGAAGACUCCCCUGAUCAUUACAGAUGCGGUGGAGCACUGGCCCGCGGUGUCAACACGACCAUGGGUAUCGCGCGAUUACUGGCUUGAUAGGACGUUCGGUGGCCGCAGGCUAGUUCCCGUGGAGAUUGGCAGGUCAUACACGGAUGAAGGAUGGGGGCAGCGGAUUAUGGAGUUCAAGGAGUUCAUUGAGAAGUACAUCUGGAGGGAACCGUCGCCGUCGAACUCGCAGGAUCAAGACAAAGAAGACACCGACCAAACAGGGUAUUUAGCGCAGCAUGAUCUCCUCGGCCAGAUCCCGGCUUUGCGGAACGAUAUCGCUAUCCCUGACUUCUGUUAUAUUACCCCUCCAGCGCCGGAAAAGGGAACACCGGUGUACCUGAAGAAACGUCAGGAAUGGGAAUCUGAACGGCAGAAGAAGUUGGGCAGCCACCAGGCGCACGGCGACGGCGACGGUGACGAUGGUGAAGCUGCUGUUGAUGGAGGCUCACCCCUUACUUUCUGCCAACCAAGGGACCCGAUCAUAAACACCUGGAUCGGCCCCUCUUGGACAAUAUCUCCUCUCCACCAUGACCCAUACCACAACAUACUUGUGCAAGUAACAGGUUCCAAAUACAUCCGUCUUUACUCGCCUCAUACGCCCGCCUCCCAGAUCUACCCUCGAGGCAUGGAGCCCGUCGCGUCCGAGAGAAGAGGCAGCAACUCUGGUCCGCCUGGUUCAGACGGUGAUGGCUCCGCGGCACGGAUGAUUGAUAUGUCGAAUACGUCCCAGGUUGACUUGGCUUCCAUCGAACUCUCUCCCGCCGAGUCGGAGCAGUGGGAGGCUAUGUGGCCUGGCUUCCAGCAGGCGGAGUAUGUUGAGACCGUCCUGAAAGAGGGCGAGUCUCUGUAUAUUCCAGUGGGAUGGUGGCAUUAUGUCCGUGGACUGAAGGCAGGGAUUAGUGUUAGUUUCUGGUGGUAG